AUGAAGCUCUCUUCAUAUCUCGUGGCUGCGGCCAUCAUUUCCGGCGUCCAGGCUUCUCCGCACCCCGCACUUCAGCAACAUCUCCUGGGCGUGCCAUCCUCCUCCCAGCCCAGCUACAGCCAAACAGGCCUAGAUGAUAUAAUCAGCAGUUCACCUCUACUGUCGUUCCACCGAGACCUGGUCGAGAUCGAGUCACUCUCCGGUAACGAGCACGAUGUCGGCCUCUUCGUCGCGCAGUUCCUGGAGGCCCGGAACUUCACCGUGGUGAAGCAAGAGGUGCCCCCAGUGAAGGACCAAGAGAAAACCAAGACGCGCUACAACAUCUACGCUGUUCCAAAAUCCUACACACAACCCCCCUCAAUCCUCCUCACAAGCCACAUCGACACAGUCCCGCCCUUCAUCCCAUACUCCGUGCACCAGCCCAUCUCCGACUCCACCACCUUCGACCCAGAGAACCUCAUCAUAGCAGGCCGCGGCUCCGUCGACGCAAAGGGCAGCGUCGCAGCCCAAAUCUUCGCAACCCUCGAAACCCUAGCCUCACAACCAGACGCCAAGCUCGGCCUUCUCUUCGUGGUCGGCGAAGAAAUCGGCGGCGAUGGCAUGAAACUCUUCUCGGACUCAAGCCUCAACGCGAAAAGCGCCAUAAACACCAUCAUCUUCGGCGAGCCAACCGAGGCAGCCCUCGUUGCCGGCCACAAAGGCAUGCUCGGCUUCAAGGUCCUUGCGCACGGCAGCGCCGCCCACUCAGGAUACCCAUGGCUGGGCAAGAGCGCCGUGUCAGCGAUUCUGCCUGCGCUCUCGCGCGUCGACGUGCUCGGCGAUAUCCCCACCGAAGAGGGCGGCCUGCCUGCCUCCCCGAAGUACGGGCCGACGACGCUGAAUAUUGGCGUUAUCCGCGCUGGCGUCGCGACGAAUGUCGUUCCUUCUGAGGCGUGGGCGGAUGUUGCUGUGAGACUUGCCGCUGGAACGCCUGCUGAGGCGGGUGAGAUUAUCCAGCGCGCCGUUGAGGAGGCGGUUCGGGGUUUCGAGGCGGAGGUUGUUGUGGACUUUGUUUCGCAUGGCGAGUCUUACCCGCCGCAGGAUUUGGAUGUUGAUGUUGAUGGAUUUGAUGUUACGACUGUUAACUACGGUACUGAUGUGCCGAACCUGGCUGUCGGCCCUGGUGUCAAGCGCUACUUGUAUGGGCCUGGAAGUAUCUUUGUUGCUCAUGGUGAUAAUGAGGCCUUGACUGUCCGCCAGAUCAAGGAGGCUGUGGUUGGUUAUAAAAAGUUGAUUGAGGCUGCGCUGGAAAGAGAGGCUAAGGGCGAGGUGGUUGUAUGA